AUGCUUCAAGCAAGCAUAAGUAGAAGCGUUAGUGAUGCUUCAAUAGCAAGCAUAAUACAUAAGUUCAAAGACAGUCAAAUGACAUCCACCAAUCAGUUUACCACUGUAAGAAUUGGGUCUUUUGCUCCUGAUUUUUUAGCCAUGAGCCAGGUGUCUGCUAUCAGCUUCAAGAAUCUUGCUGCCUUACAUAGUUUAUUGGAAAAACGGAAGUAUUGGAAGGGAUUUUUGUAUGGCCCUGUAUAUUUUCAGGUUAGACGUUAUAAGAGGCUGACUCCCCUAAGUAUUGAAAAUUCUGGACUGCAAAACCUAGAUAAUGUUCAUCCUGGUGACUGCAUAGUAUGUUUUAGCAAGAGAGACAUCCAUUAUGUUUCGAGGGAAAUUGAAAGAAGAGGUCAUGAAGUAGCUGUUAUUUAUGGAGGUUUGCCUCCGGGAACCAAAUUGGCUCAAGCUUACAAAUUUAACGACCCAAAUCACUCCUGUAAAGUCUUAGUAGCAACAGAUGCCAUAGGAAUGGGCCUUAAUCUGAGUAUCCGUCGCAUCGUAUUUUAUUCACUCAUCAAACCCACAAUAAAUGAGAAGGGGGAGAAGGAAAUGGAAACCAUUAGCGUAUCAGCAGCUUUGCAAAUAGCCGGACGCGCAGGCCGCUAUGGAACACAGUGGGAACAUGGUUAUGUUACUACUAUGAAGUCUGAAGAUCUACCAACUUUGAGGAGGCUUUUAGGAAAUGUCCCACUGGAUAUUGAACACGCAGGACUUCAUCCAACUGCUGAUCAGAUAGAGCUCUUUGCAUAUCAUCUACCCAGCUACACACUCUCCAAUCUCAUGGAUAUUUUUGUGAGCCUUUGUACAGUGGAUUCAUCCUCAUAUUUUAUGUGUAUUAUGGAUGAUUUCAAGUUUUUAGCCGAUUUAAUUCAGCACAUUCCAUUACAACUGCGGGCUCGUUAUGUGUUUUGCUGUGCUCCAAUCAAUAAAAAGAUGCCUUUUGUGUGUGCAAUGUUCCUUAAGUUUGUUCGUCAGUUUUCUCAAAAUGAACCAGUAAGUUUAGACUGGCUUUGUCACCACAUCAAAUGGCCAUUCUCUCCUCCAAGUACUAUUCUUGAACUAGUCCACUUAGAAGAAGUAUUUGAUGUGUUUGAUUUAUACUUAUGGCUCAGCUAUCGGUUCUCUGAUAUGUUCCCUGAUGCAGACCUUGUCCGAGAUCUUCAACGAGAACUUGAUGAACUGAUAGAAGAUGGUGUUUCCAACAUAACAACUCUGGUACAGAAAUCGGGUACUCGCAUUUCAAACUUGGAUGACAGUGAAGACACAUUCAUCAUGGACCAAAGAAAGAAGAAUUCUAGCAAAGGACAGCUGAAGAUGCCACGAAGCCAAAUACAGAGGGACAGAAAGGAGAAAGGAAGCAUUGGUCGUGGUAGACUCACUGACAGACUAUUGGCACAGGGAUUAUUGUCACCAAAAAUGCUAGCAGAAUUACAAAGAGAAUGGCAGGAGAUGGGUACUGAUGAUGACGACUUGCCUCCUUCACCAUCUAAACCAAAACCAAACAGAAAAAGGAGAGGCACCAAGGAGUAGGAUAUUUUAUAGCUAACGUGAAUCAUCAAUUCAUGUAUAUAAAUGUAUAUAAUAAGUUAAAGUAUGACUGUUA